AUGUCCCCGAAGCUCAACUGGACGCCAGACUCUCUCCCGUCGCUGGAAGGACGCACGUAUGUGGUCACGGGAGGGAACGCCGGGAUAGGGAGCUGGACGGUGCACCACUUGGCUCUGCGCGGGGCGACCGUGUACCUGACGUCGCGAUCGGCCGAGAGAGGAGCGGCUGCGAUCUCGUCGAUAGCAGCAGCCAUCAACAAGACGCACCCCGAGGUGGAGGCAGGCGAUGUCGCGGGGCGGAUCCACCUGGUGGUGAUGGACCUGAUGUCGCUGCGGUCGGUGGUCGCCGGGGCGAGACGCAUCCGCGCCGAAUGCACGCGGCUGCACGGCGUAGUCAACUCGGCGGGCAUCAUGGCCACGCCGUACCUGCUCAGCGAGGACGGCUACGAGUCGCAGUGGCAGACCAACUACCUUGCGCACUGGCUCCUGACGUGGCACCUGCUGCCGCUGCUGGAGUCCACGGCUCGAGCGUCACCGGAGGGUUCCGUCCGCGUCGUCAACGUCAGUUCGAUGGGCCACGCCGCGACGUUCAAGGAAGGGAUCCGCUUCGCCGACACGGGGCUCAAAGACGCCUUCACAUUCCGGCGCUACGCCCAGAGCAAGCUGGCCAAUAUCCUCCACGCCAACGCCUUGCAUGCUCGAUAUAACAACAACAACAACAACAACAACAACAACAACAACACCGGUGACAACGCAGCCACCUCACCGCCAGCACGCAUCUGGUCCCUCUCCCUUCACCCCGGCAACAUCGACACGCAACUCAACUCGCGCGCGUGGGGCGGCUCGGCCCUGACGCCCAUCCUGCGCUGCAUGGGCGCCUACAUCACUCCCGAGCAAGGCAGCUACAACUCGCUGUGGGCCGUCGCGGGCAGCGCCGGCGUCCAAGUCACCCGCGCCAUGUCGGGACACUACUUUGUGCCUGUGGGCGAGCAGAAGACGCCGAGCAAACAGGCGCAGGACCCUGAGGGGGCGCUGGCGCGGAGGCUGUGGGACUGGACCGAGCGGGAGAUGAGGGCUAAGGGGUUCUUGGAUGCUAUUUGA